AUGUCUACGUACAGCCGGGAACUAGAAGUGGCAGAGCUAGCAGUGCAGCGGGCCGCUAUCUUGACCAAGAAGGUCUUCCAUGAAAAGGCCAAAGGGACUGUCUCCAAGGACGACAAGUCUCCCGUCACUAUUGGUGACUUUGGCGCUCAGGCUCUUAUCAUCCAAGCUAUCAAGAAGAAUUUCCCUGGUGAUGAGGUGGUUGGUGAGGAGGAAGCAAGUACUUUGAGAGACAAUCACAAGCUGCGUGAUGAGAUUUGGGCUCUGGUUAAGGGUACAAAGCUUACAGAUGCCGAUUCCGAGAAGCUGUUGGGAGGUCCAGUGGAAAGCGUGGAUGCCAUGCUAAAUGCCAUUGAUGCGGGAAACAGCGCUGGAGGUAGCAAAGGCAGAAUUUGGGCGCUCGAUCCAAUUGAUGGAACUAAGGGCUUCUUACGAGGUGGCCAGUAUGCUGUGUGUCUAGCGCUGAUGGUAGAUGGCGAGGUCAAAGUUGGUGCACUUGGAUGCCCAAACCUUCCCGUGGAUGACUCUGCGCCCUUGACUGCAGAUUCGGGUAUGGAUCAAACAGAUGCGGAAGGAAAGGGAGUUCUGUUCUCCGCCGUCUUUGGACAAGGUGCCACAAGUCGGCCAUUAACGGCUGGAGGAUUAGCUCAAAGCAAGCCAAUUCACAUGAAGCCGGUUAACGACAUAACUCAGGCUACAUUCUGUGAAAGUGUGGAGGCAGGCCACUCAUCCCAUGGAGACCAAGCUGCCAUUGCUGCCAAGUUGCAGAUUACCAAGCCCAGCGUCAGGAUGGACUCGCAAUCAAAGUACGGUUCUAUUGCACGCGGAGCUGGAGAUAUAUAUCUCAGAUUACCUGUCAGUGCUACCUACCAGGAAAAGAUAUGGGAUCAUGCAGCUGGAGAUCUUAUUGUAAGGGAGGCGGGUGGACAAGUUACAGAUACACUUGGGAGGAGACUCGAUUUCAGCAAGGGGAGGACGUUGGCUGAGAAUAAAGGCGUUGUUGCGGCACCGAGCGCUGUACAUAGCAUUGUACUCGAUGUUGUCAAGGAGGUCCUUUCCAAGAAAUAG